UCGCGGCUCCCGCUCCUUCCCUCCCGGGCAUCGCUCCCGGUCCGCCCAUGGACCGGUUCGUGGUUAAACUGCCCCGCGGGCAGGCGGGGGAUGGCGGCGGCAGCGGCGGGAAGAGGCCGCGGCUGGAGAAGCCUGGCCCGGAGCGGCCGCCGCCGCGGGAGAUCCGCGCCGAGGGGCUCAGCUGUGAUUACCGCAUCCUCUUCGGCAAGGCCGAGGCGGACGAGAUCUUCCAGGAGCUGGAGAAGGAGGUGGAGUAUUUCGAAGAUGACUUGACGAAACUGCACGUGUUUGGCACGUGGCACAAGAUUCCCAGGAAGAAGGUCACCUACGGAGACCCUGGCUUGUCCUACACUUACUCAGGGGUCACGUUCCACCCCAAGCCGUGGAUCCCGGUGCUGAGCCGGAUCCGGGAGCGCGUCACCUCGGAAACAGGACACACCUUUAACUUCGUCCUCAUCAACAGGUACAAAGAUGGCCUGGACCACAUCGGGGAGCACCGGGACGACGAGAAGGAGCUGGCUCCCCUCAGCCCCAUCGCCUCGGUGUCCUUCGGAGCCUGCCGGGAUUUCGUGUUCCGGCGCCGGGGCCAGGGAGGGCUGCCCGGGCCGGGGAGGAUCACCCUGCAGCUGGCCCACGGCAGCCUGCUCCUCAUGAAGCACCCCACCAACCUGCACUGGUACCACAGCCUGCCCCCACGCAGGAGGGUGCUGGCCCCCAGGGUCAACCUCACCUUCAGGAACGUCCUGCCCAGGGCCAAGCAGGGAAAUGUUCAGCCACGGGAGCCUUUGGGCUCUGAGAAGUGAAGUUUUAGUUCCUGCUGGAAGUGUGGAUUCACCUGUUCCAGCAGGUGAAUUCUGGAUUCACCUUCCCUCCCGGGGACUGGAGGAGCUAAUGGACAGAAUUUGGUAAUUUUGCUGCUGAAGCCUGUGACCACAGAUGUCAAUGGCAAGGUUUUUUUCCUCUGGGAAAUGUUGCUCUGGUCCUGCU